AUGCUAGCUCUGUUCUCACAAAUAAUUCUUUUAAAGAACAUAUUCUUCACAGAAUUUGGAACUCUGCGCUUGGACAGAUUUGUGAAAACCAAGGAAAACAACACUAAUGUGAAUACUGCAGGAGGUGAAGCAGUUAACUAUCUGGCACCAGAGGUCUUUGGAGGUGCAACGUGUGAUGCUAAAAGUGACACUUGGUCAGUGGGAUGCAUACUCUAUGAGCUCUGUACUCAGGAAUUAGCGUUCUCUGCAGAGACCACAGUCAAACUCAUUGCCAGAAUUAUUUCUGGUCCUGUCCCUCGUCUCCAAGACAAGUGGUCAUCUGAGUUUCAGGAACUCUUUAGUGACAUUUUGCAGAGAGACCCUGACUCAAGACCUACAACCUGUGAGAUUUUGGGGCGUCCCAUUGUUUUACAAUGUCUCCUAAAAAAGAGUAAAACAACUGCAGAGCACCUUCAGACUCAGUUGAGCAAGCUGAGAGCUGUGGCCGACAGUUUGGAAAGUGUGCACCAGGGCACCACCAUCGGCAGUCUGACAGGAGGAGUGAUCGGAGCAGCAGGAGGGAUUACCUCCAUCGUGGGUCUUGUUCUGGCUCCCUUCACUUUGGGAACUUCACUUAUUGUCACUGGUGUGGGAAUUGGGGUGGGUGUUGCUGGUGGGGUCACUGCUGGUGCCUCAAAUAUCACAAACAUUGUCAAUGAGGCCUCUGAUCGCAAAGCUGUUCAAAGCAUCAUCAAAGAGUUUGAUGAGAAAAUGAAGGCAGUGGCCCUCUGGCUGCAGGAGAUCAGCGACGGUUUAGAGGCAAUCUCCAGAGGUUACUCAGGUGAUGUGCCUACUGAUGAGGACGGCAGUUUCAAUCAAGAAAACUUUGCAAAGAUUGGCACAAGGAUAGGAAAGGGCUUAGGAGGCGUUAGUGAACUGUGUCGACUACUUCGAGUGGUAAACGUUGGCAAAAUCGUAGCACAAGCAUCCAGGACAGUACGAGUGGCAGAGGUAGCCACUGGUGCACUUUCUGCUUUAUUUGUGGCAGCAGAUAUCUUCUUUAUUGCCAUGGAUGCUAAAGAGAUUCACCACAUUAGGAAGAAAAAGGCAGAUGGUAAAAUACGCUCUGAGAUCAUGAAAUUCGUCCAUUCCAUCAGGCAGACUGCAGACGAGUUGCAGGGCGGUUUGGAUGAGAUCAAAAAACUCAUUCAAAUCAUUCCCUCUCUUUAG